AUGAGAUCCCUCACACCUUUAGGAGUCCAUAUCUCAUCCCUCGAACAGUUCGGCUCAUCAAGUAAAGCUGGGAAUAUAGCUAUCAAUCCCGAGGAUGGAACGGUCUAUGUGACUGUAGAAAGAUCAAGCGAUGAUGGUGGUAUCGAGAUUGACAUACUACAGAUCUCAACGGAUAAUCCAGAACCCGAGGUUAUCGCAUCAUUCACAUCCCCAGUUCUCGCACCUUUCCCCAAGCCCUCUCAUCAGGGUGAAACGUUAGACCUACAUUACUUGCCGGACGAUAGAUCAUUGGUGAUACUUCUGGCAGGUGGUGAUAUAGCUACAUUAGCGUUAGAAGGUGAAGAUGGCGGUGUCGCUCCUGUCGAAGUCGUCGGAUCAGUGGAUAGCGGUAUAAAAGCUGCUGCGUGGGCACCGGACGAUGAGCAGAUCGUACUGGUAACUGGAGAAGAUAACUUGGUCUGUAUGACGAGACAUUUCGAUGUUAUACAUGAGGAACCACUCCGAUCAGAUGAUUUCGGUGAAGACAAAUUUAUCAACGUCGGUUGGGGAUCUAAGCAAACUCAAUUUCACGGAUCGCUUGGAAAAGCAGCUGCCAAACAACCCAUCAACAGCUCUCAAUCACUCUCACAUCCUACCGAUUCCGGUCUACCAUAUAUAACUUUCCGAGGUGAUGCUUCUUAUUUCGCUAUAUCAUCGUUAGAUCCAUAUUCAGAUGGAGAGUCAGCCCGACGACAAAUUAGGAUAUAUUCUCGAGAUCCAAAUACAGGAUUCGUACCCAAAUUAUCAGCGACUUCUGAAAGUUUACCUGGUCUAGAAGGUAAUCUGAGCUGGAGACCUACAGGAAACCUCAUUUCCACUUUGAUAAGAUAUGGGUAUCCGGGUGGAGGCGAGGGUCGAGAGGGUAAAUGGGAUAUAGCGAUGUUAGAACGAAAUGGGUUGCGACACGGUGGAUUCGAAUUGAGGGAGGACAAACAAACUUGGAAAGAUGGGAAAGUAAAAGGCAUGCAGUGGAAUAGUGAUUCUGAGGUGUUGGCAAUAUGGAUUGAAAGGAGUGAUAAGGAUGUUGUCCAACUUUGGUCAAUGAAGAAUUACCAUUACUAUUUGAAACAAGAGCUCUUCUCUCACAAUUCAACAUCACCGAGAUUCAAAGGGUUCAAAUGGCAUUCGGAAGACCCAUUAUCGAUCUACUUAUAUGGGGAGAACUUUGUUCAAGCCAGAACGUUCGUUUGGGAUACAUAUACUGCCAGAUUGCCUAUGCCGCAUGAUACCGCAUCCGUUGCGGUGGUGGAUGGUCAGAGACUACUUAUAACACCUUUCAGAACUCAAAAUACUCCUCCCCCGAUGUCCUCAUAUCACCUUGACCUACCGUCCGUACCGGUCCAUGUUAGUCUAUCAGAUACGACCGAUUCUUUGGCUGUUCUGUUCUCCGAUGAUUUAGUACAAGUCUGGGAUCUCAAUACUAGAUUACCCGACCUUAAAUCCGGAAGUAGACUAAGAGGUGGAGGAAAAGUCGCUGAACCCAGAUUACGAUACUCUACAAACCUGCAGACAGAAGGAAAGAGAUUGGUCAAGCAACUCGCUUUUGGACCUAAUGGCAAAGUCGCUGUACUCUCUUGGGCUGAGAAAGAGGGUUCGAUAGGCUGUCAAGUGAAUGUGGUGGAUGAAAAGGAAGAGACUGAAGUUGAGAAUCUGGAAGAAGACAUCGAAAGAUUACUUUGGACUGGAGAAGGAGAAUUGCUCGUAUUAACUACUGAAGGUCAAUUGACCAGUGUGGCCAGCGAUCAUCCCAUAGAUAUCACUCUCGGACCUCAUCCAACCGCUUUAUCCUACUCGUCAUCAUCCGAUCUCAUCUUCGCCCUUUCGCCAAACUCAAAAUUACAUCUCGCUGCUCUAGCACCUUCUUCACCCAUCUCCACACCAAUCGCAUCAAACGUGAAUUCUUACACCCUUACACCCGAUUUCCUCAUUUACACUACUACUUCUCAAACAUCCCAUUACGCCCCGUUACCUACGUUGAGACGCUUAGCACAUGGCGAUGACCUAUUACCACAUGAGAUGGUGUGGGAUGAAAGAAGGGUGGAAAGAGGGUCAUUGAUUGUUACUGCAUGUGAAAGUUCGAUGAGUCUGGUAUUGCAGAUGCCUAGGGGUAACUUGGAAACUGUUUAUCCUAGAGCUUUGGUUUUGGCUGUGGUCAAACAGGACGUUUUGUCGGGUAACUAUCGAAAUGCUUUCUUGCAAUGUCGUAAACACCGAUUAGACCUAAACGUACUAUAUGAUCUUGACCCCGCUCAAUUCAUGAAGAAUCUGAAAGAUUUCGUUGAACAAGUACCCGAAGUUGAUUAUUUGAAUUUAUUCGUAUCUUCACUCAAUUCCGCUGAUUCUGCAAGAGUAUUGUAUGGCGAUCAUAGUAAAGAUCCUUCUUCCUCAUCAUCUAAACCCAUCGACAAAGUCAACUCGUUAUGCGAUUCCCUUCGAUCGAUCCUCGAGCAAAGGGGAGUAGAACAAUAUGUCGAAACUAUCUUGACCACACACGUGUGCAAGCAACCUGCAGAUUACGAAUCGGGAUUGAAAGUGCUUUUGACGCUGCAGGCCGACCACCCUGAUAUCGUCGAAGACGCUAUCAAGUACAUCAUCUUCCUUUCUGAUGUGAACAGGCUGUACGACGUUGCUUUGGGGAUGUACAAUUUCCAAUUAGUCUUAAUGAUCGCUCAAUAUUCUCAGAAAGAUCCUAAGGAAUAUUUACCUUUCUUACGUGAAUUACGUGCAUUGGACAAAUGGGAUCAAAGAUUCAUGAUAGAUGAUCAUCUGGCAAGGAGAGAAAGUGCAUUGAGAAAUCUCAAACAGUGCGGUCCGGAACGAUUCGAAGAAGCUUCUUCUUAUCUAUCGCGAUACGAGCUAUAUGAUGAAGCAUUUGUGUUGUAUGCCGAUGAACCUGAACAUCUCCAAGUGAUACACAAUCUGUAUGGUGACUAUCUAUACGAUAGAAGAGAAUUUACCGAUGCUGCUAUAUCAUACAUCCUUGCCAAGAAAGAGGACAAAGCCAUGAAGGCUUAUGAGAAAGCCCAUGCUUGGAGGGAGCUGUUCACUUUGGCUAAGAAAUUGGGAGUAUCGAAAGAUGAUACAAUUCAGAUAUGCGAAAGAGUUACUGAUCAUCUGUCAUCUCGGGGAAGGCAUCUGGAAGCUUCGCAGGUGUUCAUCGAACAUGCUUCGGAUGUUGAUAGUGCUGUGGAUGUUUUGUGUAGAGGAACAGAGUUUAGUGAAGCUUAUAGAUUGACUUUCCUUCACGACCGAUCGGAUUUGAUCGAAUCGAUGAUUCACCCCGGACUUGAAGAAGCGCACGAAGCUCUGAUGGAAACGUUUGAAGAGAUGGAGGGUCAAUUGGAUAAGGAAGUCAAUAGGUUGAAAGACUUGAGGAAGAUAAGAGAGAAUGAUCCUGAAUCAUUCUUUAUUGUCGAUACUGAACCUGCUAUCGAAGGUGUAGACGUAGCUACCAAUGCUACUACAGCUGUCACUGGAUUCACAAGAUACACUGUGGCUCCUACGACUGUUUUCUCACAGACUACCAAGAUGACUGGACAAACUGCGAAAUCCAAGAAAAGCAGAAAGAGGGCUACUGGUCGUAAAGGUACAGUAGAUGAGUACGAGUAUCUGGUAGCUAGUAUUGGUAGACUGGUGGUUAGGGUUGAUGAUAAGAGCAACGAAGCUACCUCCCUUCUCCGACACCUGCGUCUAGCCACCCCAGAUCAUUUCGAGCUCUCUAAAUCACUGCAAACUGCCCUUAUGGCGUUCAGGGAGAAAUUGAACCAGUCGAUAGAAUUCGCUUGGGAAGGUAGAGAAGAUAUAUUGAAAGAGGUUGUAGAAUCUGGAGGAGCAGGGUUGGAAGAAGGUCUGGAUAAGAGCUUGGCUUUGGUAAGACCCGUUGUAGGAGGUUGGAAAGGUCUGGGUAUAUUAGUUGGUCAGUAG